AUGGCUAAGAGAAUUUUCGAUGAACAGAUCGAGAAACACUUUGAAAAGAGAGUUUGGUUGUGUCUACCUGAAAUGUCAGAAACUAAGAGCUUUCUUGAACUGAUCCUCGAAUCGUUGACAAAGAGGAAAGUUGAGGUCCAAAGCAGAGAUAUAAUAGUCAAGAUGCUACAAGAUGAACUACCAGGAAGAGAAUAUUUGAUUGUGGUAUCCACAGUAGCAAUAGUCGGUCCUCAUAGGUUGGAAAAAUUAGCAGAAGAUCAUUGUUGGUCCAUUUUCAAACAAAGAGCGUUUGUUGAUGGGGAAAUCCCAGAGGAAAUAAUGAGCAUGGAGAACGGGAUUGUUGAAAUGUGUCAAGGUCUACCAUUGGCUGCAAGUGUGUUGGGAGGCCUCUUACGCAACAAGGAAAAACACGAAUGGCAGACAAUUCUUGAUGGAAACCCCCUUGUUGUAGAUGAAGAUGAUAACGAAGAAAAUAGCAUAGAGAAAAAUCCUAAAACUCAGCUAUGA